AUGUCUUUGAGUUCUCUACCCUUGGUGCGGCUACCGGAGCCGUACAAGACAACUUAUGAAUUUCACGUCGUAUCCACCGAGCAGAAACUACUCAAGUUUCAGCUGCUGAGAUCUCCUCGCGGGGAUGAAGGCAUACCACCGCCGAAGCUGUUGGACCAUGCGUUAUUGAGGUUCAUAGAUUUGGCCCAGCCCAAUUCUUCUUCCACACCAGACGAGGGAAACAACUCACCCUGGGCACGCGCACAGAGAAGUCCAGUUACCAAUAUUAUAUAG